CCCCGCGAUAGACCUCUGGGCUCUCCUCGCUGUCUUCUCCUAGUUGUACUUCUCGAAACAAAGCCGGCCAACUUCUCCCACGGCCCGCCUCUCGACAAAUCCCGGAGCUCCGUGCAGCAAAGCAAAGAGAAUAUAUUUUCUUCUUUAUCGCGAACGGCGACAAACCUUCACGAUUGUGCAAGGGCCGAGGCAACACCAUAGCCAGACGCCGUGCCUGGAUUGAUUAGAGUGAAGAAGAGGCGAUCGAUCGGCUUCGAUCCGUCCACUUCUGUCCCGCAAUUGGCGAGCUGGAUGAACAGGACGGCCGGGUCUUAGGUUGGCUGCGGAUGCGAUACCGAUUGGGUGUGAGCGGAGCACCGCUGCGUGAUCCGUUGGAACUCUGGUUCCCCUCAUCAUGUGGUUUUCCUUCUGGCGGCCAAGAAACCGGUUCUCCGUCGACGAGCUCCGAUAUCUCACUGAACAACUGCAAAAAGUUCAAUAUGUUAAUGAACUUAAUAAGGAUUUUGUUAUCGAAGCUUUGAGAUCAAUUGCAGAACUGAUUACUUACGGUGAUCAGCAUGAUCCUUCAUUUUUUGAAUUCUUCAUGGAGAAGCAGAUCAUGGGAGAAUUUGUUAGAAUUCUGAAGGUCAGUGAACAUCCAAAAGUCGCACUUCAGUUGCUGCAGACCAUGAGCAUCAUGAUUCAGAACCUAAGAAGCGAACAUGCAAUCUACUAUAUUUUCAGCAAUGAGCACAUCAACUUCCUCAUAACAUAUUCCUUUGAUUUCCACAAUGAUGAACUGCUGUCCUACUAUAUAUCCUUCUUAAGGGCAAUAAGUGUAAAAUUAAACAAGAAUACGAUACCAUUGCUCGUGAAAACACAAAAUGAUGAAGUGGUUUCUUUUCCACUCUAUGUAGAAGCUGUGAAGUUUGCUUUUCAUGAUGAAAGCAUGGUUCGUAUUGCAGUGCGUGCUUUGACACUAAAUGUCUAUCAUGUUGGAGAUGAAUUCGUGAACAAAUAUGUUUCGAGCAUUCCCUUGUCUGAUUACUUUUCGGAUUUGGUUAAAUACUUCCAGAAGCAGUGCAUCAGUUUGGAGGACAGGGUCUCUAAAACUAUUAUUAACCCUGAUUCACAAGAUUCAAUUUCUAGCAUACUUGCUGCAGUUGAUGAAAUAGAAGACAAUUUUUAUUACUUUAGUGAUGUUAUAUCUGCUGGGAUUCCAGAUCUUGGGAGAUUAAUAACUGAUAACAUCUUGCAGCUUUUAGUAUUUCCGUUGCUUCUACCCUCUUUGAGAAAGCAAAAGGCUGGUACAGAAAUAGGCAUCACCACCUCAUUAUAUUUACUUUGCUGUGUGUUGCGGGUUGUAAAAACCAAGGAGUUAGCUAGUAGCGUUGCUGCUGCUUUAUUCUUUCCUCCAGAAGUUUUCAUUCCGAAAUUAGAAGCCACAACUAAUGGCAGUGUCCGGGAUUACCAACUUUCUUCGGAACUUGAGAAGGAAGAGGAAGAACCUUUUUCUCCGUGUCAUUCAUAUUCAGAAAAUAAAAAGCCGCAAGGCUCUUGUUCAUGGUUCUCGGAUUUACAAAAAAAUAGCAAUGGUCUUCUUGUUACCUUGAGGGGAAUGUUACUGUCUUAUGUUGUUAGCGGAAAUGAUGUUCAAGCUCUUGGCUCUUUGUGCUUUUUAGCUACUUUAUUGCAAACUAAAGAAUUAGAUGAGUCAAUGCUAGAUGGACUUGGAAUUCUUCCUCAGAGGAAGCAGCAUAAGAAGCUUUUACUACAAGCUUUGGUUGGUGAGGAAUCAGGUGAAGAGCAGCUAUUUUCUCCAAGAAAUAAUAGGGGCAGCGAUAAAAUAGAUACUGAGCUUGAUAUUUAUUUAAAAAAAAUUAAGGAUCAGUAUGCACUAUCCUAUACCAUGGAAGAGCCUUUAACAAGUCUCCAGAAACAUAGAGAUGAG